AUUACAGUUGGAAUUAUCAGAAGCCCAGCAACUUGCCUUAUGUUUGGACGACAGAGUACAAGAAAAUGUUCAAAAUGCUCAACUACUCCAGGAGUUUGCUGCAAGUGUUUGGGCAAAGUAUCAAGAAAACCUGGAAAUUCUGAACACAGCUAUGGCCAGUCUGAAAGCUUACGGACAGAGAAUCAGCUUUGCAAGUGGUCGCAUGGAAAUGUUACAAGGAUUAUUUGCUCGAAAGGAAGCCAUGCUGAAACUUCAGAUAGAGAAAGGGGAUAUACCAGAGAGAGAUGUCAGUCAGAAUGUUGUAGAAAUUGAGAAACAAGACAGUGAAGAAAGUUCCUAUUUGCGUUGUGAAUUGCAGAGAGUGACUCAAGAGAGGGAUAAUUUAGCUGCUCAAAUAAAACAGGACUCCCUCACCUUGGACAGUAAAGUUCUCUCUAUCAGAGCUCAAGUUGAGGAGGAAAUUGAAACAUUAAAACAAACAAAAUCUGAUCUGGAAGGCAUUGUACAGGACAAAUCACAGAAAUGUGUCGAGCUGUCGGAGAAGUUGGAAAAAUGUGAGAAUGAUUUGGACUAUGCCAACCAGAAUAUAGAAGAACUAAAGACCUCACUGGGUAGACAAGAACUCAACAUGCAACAGAUACUAGAAGAACAGAGACACGAGGUUGAGAACCAAUUCUCUGACAGACUGGCCGACAUGGACAGACAAAUUAACGAGGCUAAACGAGAACAUGCAAAAGCAGUGGUAUCAGUACGGCAGUUAGAAAGACAGAUGACAAGAGAGAAGGAACGUUUUACUGAACAGUUGUCAACUACCGAGGAACAUUAUAAACGUCAACUUGACCUACUUCAGGGGCAACUUAAAGCUGUCGAGAAGGAAAGAAAUCUCAUGAUGGCAACUCUUCGACAAGAAGGACUUGUGGGUAAAUUAAAGAGUGAGAGACUGGAACCAGUCACACAUAAUUGGGAUAGGGAUGAGGAACCAGUCAGGGAUCAUACAGAGCCAGUAUCUAGUACAGUAGUCACAUAUUCGCAACCAGAAAUACAGCAAGAGACAGAUGAAGCACUGACAACAGUGUUAGAAGAUCUCAAGUCACUCACUGACGCUGUGUUAAAAGACGAUAAUUCUGAAACUGACUCGGAAAAUGAUUUAUAGCAUUAACUUACAAUGUGACAUCAACUUAAUGUCUGUGAUACACAAUGUGCUAAGCUUAGUUCAUGUGCAUGACGUUAACGUCUGCAAGAAGGCCUGUAUUGUUGCCAAUGUUCGGUCAGCUUCCACAUGUUUUAGUCAGGGCACUACAAAUAACUAGUGCAAAUAUAUCAAGCUAGUGUACUUGUUGUCAUGGUAACAGGCUUGCUUGUUUAAACAGGUAAAGUGUGUGGGACUGACCUGAUGGCUCAGUUGCAAGGGCUGCAUUCUCAUCCUAGGACAACUUUCAUCGGAUGAAGCUAGUAUACAUUUAUACUGUUAUAUAUAAUCUACUGCAAUGAUGAUAACUUAAUGUGCUUAACUUAGUUGAUAUAUAAAAUAUAACAGAUUAAAGUA